CAGCUUGUCACAUGAUGCAGCUCAAGAUGACUUCACGGUCUGUCAUGGCUGCACGAGAGACAUAAACAUGCCAGAGGUUCUGUAAUUCACAACAUUAGACUACUGCGAUGAUUAAAACGGCGACUAUAAUAGAUUAUCUACAUGUGUGUUUGACUGUAUGAAAUCAGCUGGUCAGUGUUUUGUACGACAGGUAAAACUGUUUUGUAGUUGAUCAUGCAGACCGAAGCUGUAGUGGAGCAUCAUAGCGGCUUACAGAGUUCCUGCAGGACGGGCUCCAAAUCCUGGCAGUACAGUGAUCUGAUGGAAAAAGUGGAUGGAUAUUUGAUGAAGUACACCAAUCUUGUGACUGGAUGGCAGUAUCGAUAUUUCGUUCUCAACAAUGAGGCAGGGCUGCUUGAAUACUUUGUGAAUGAGCAGUCCAAGAAUCAGAAACCACGGGGCUCACUGCCGCUAGCCGGUGCUGUGAUUUCACCGAGCGAUGAAGACUCGCACACCUUCACUGUCAAUGCCAUCAGCGGAGAGCAAUACAAACUCAGAGCCUCGGAUGCAAAGGAGCGCCAACACUGGGUCAGCCGGCUGCAGGUCUGUGCCCAGCACCAUACAGAGGAGAUGGGCAAGACAAAUCCCCCUCUGCAGACUCGUAGCGUCUCCAUGAUGUCUCAGGGCAGCUCUCCAGGAUCUCAGCACAAGGUCAGCCAGAACACAAACUCUAUGUUGGGUUUGUCCCAGCUACAGCGCAGUUCGUCUCUGUAUUCAAACCGGAAGUCCACGCUACCUGAUCACCUAAUGGAAGCCAGAGAGAUGAUGAAUCAGGUCCAGGGCCAGCACAGAGACCUGAUCCAGAGCAUUGAGGGUCUGCCGCCCUCCCAGGGUCCGUCUCCAUUGGACCAAGACCUGUUGCUGUUGAAAGCCACAUCAUUGGCCACCAUGACCUGCCUCAGUGACUGCCUGCAAAUUCUCCAUCUCCAGCAAAUGGCUCGCCAGAAAUUUCCUCUUGGUGGCCCCGCCAUCGAGUGGCUGGAACCAAAACUUCCAGACAUCCUAAAGAAUGGAGGAACAUUACCCAGCCUCACCAAAGACGAUGGAAAAACAGAAGGAGCGGUUCUGGAUCAUUUGGAAAUGGACUCUUGCGAUAUUGUCGGGGAGCCGGAGGAGAUUGAUUUCUCACAGGAGGUGGAUGACUCCUCUCUGGAUGAAGAGGAAGAGCUGGGUGCUGUCGAAGAGGAGCGCAGUGUCAUUCUGCACCUCCUCUCUCAGCUCAAACUGGGAAUGGACCUCACCAGGGUGGUGCUCCCUACCUUCAUAUUAGAAAAGCGGUCUCUUCUGGAGAUGUACGCAGACUUCAUGUCACACCCGGACCUUUUCGUGGCCAUCACCGAUGGUCCCAGCCCGAUGGAGCGCAUGGUCCGAUUUGUGGAAUAUUACCUCACUUCUUUCCACGAAGGUCGCAAAGGUGCCAUUGCCAAGAAGCCCUACAACCCCAUCAUAGGAGAAACUUUCCACUGCUCUUGGAGAGUACCCAAAGCGACGGCAUCACCUACAGGGGUCUCGAAAGAGGGGACUUCAUGCACUUCGGACUGCUACGAGGUCCGCUUUGUGGCUGAGCAGGUUUCCCAUCAUCCACCCGUGUCGGGCUUCUAUGCAGAAUGCCAGGAGAGGCAGAUGUGUGUCAACACGCAUGUGUGGACCAAGAGCAAGUUUAUGGGCAUGUCCAUUGGUGUCUCCAUGAUUGGAGAAGGUAACCUGCACCUGUUGGAGCAUGGUGAAGAAUACACCUUCAGUUUGCCCUCUGCAUAUGCCCGCUCUAUCCUCACUGUGCCCUGGGUGGAACUGGGAGGAAAGGUCAAUGUCAACUGCGCCAAGACAGGCUACUCUGCAGUCAUCACCUUUCAGACAAAACCCUUCUAUGGGGGCAAGCUGCACAGAGUGAAUGCAGAGGUCAAACACAACCCCACCAAUUCGGUGGUGUGUCGCGUGCAGGGCGAGUGGAACGGCACACUGGAGUUUGCCUACACAAGCGGGGAGACCCGUGUCACAGAUGUUACCAAUCUUCCUGUCACCAGAAAAAGAGUACGCCCCAAUGAGCUUCAGGGACCCUAUGAAUCCAGGCGGUUGUGGCAACAUGUGACAGAGUCACUAAAAGAAAGAGACAUGGAGAAAGCCACAGAACACAAGCACUUCCUGGAGGAAAGGCAAAGAAAAGAGGAGAGACAUCGUGCAGAGACACAGACACCGUGGAGGACCAAAUAUUUUGAAAGCAAAGGUGAUGGCUGGGUGUAUCACCAAUCGCUGUGGAAAACGGCAGCUCGAAGCUCUUCCCCGGUUCUCCCUCAGCCCAACCCGUGACCUCUGACCUUCCCAAAGCUGAACCCGAGCACUUCACAGCCUUCUGCUGUAACAAACCUCUGGUCCAGCUUCCCACUGUCACAAACAUAAGCUCUCCUUUGUAUAAUCCCUAAAGAUUAACUUCAAUUCGAGUGUUUGUGGACUGCAAGUGUGCACUCUGAUGUUCAUAUUUUGCUUCCCUUGAUGGUAAGGUUUUGUAGUACACAAUGAAUGAUUUAUCCAAUCGGCAAACAGAUAUUAUUUGUUGAUGUUGCCUUAACAAGUAUCGUAUGUAAUGAGGGCCAAGUGAGUGAUGUUUCUUAAUGUGGGAUUGUGUUUGAGGUUUAUUCAUGAACUUCUUAAUCUAACCCUACUGUGGCAUACUGUAUUUGACCACGGUAAAGUCAAGGUUUUCGGAUUAUUUUAAUAUCUUAUGUGACUUAUACAUGAUUUAUAAAUAUAUCACAUGAAAUGCAGGAGGAUGAAGUCCGAAAGGACAGACAUUUGCGAGACCGAUGCAUCAACAGUGUUGCUGGAGAAGGAUUUAUUUUUUUGUAUUAUGCUGUCGUUUUAUCUCUCUGUUCACGGUGGUGAAAGAAGUUUGCAGACACUAUACAUGUAUCUGUUGAUAUCUGGGCUGACAUCAGUUAAGUGCUCAGGUAGAGGCCUGCUUGCUCUGCUUGAUGUUCAAAGAACAAUCUGCUUCAGUUGCUGAUAAAUGUUUUUAUGCUUUCGUACAGCAUCUUAACAGUUAAAACCAUAGAAAAGGACCAGCCUCAUCUUCUUGUCAAUGUCUUUGUGUAUACAUGCAAACUAUCAGACAGUAUUAUUGAAAGUUAACUCAAACAUUACACCAAACAAAGACAACACAGAUUCUUCCUCGAUGGAAAUGUUGAUCUUUAAAGAGAAAGUUCACCCCAAAACUGAAAUUGUCAUUCAUUCACCCGUACCGACCCUGAAUUUUUUCCCUUUAUUUUGUGAAACAACAAACAGCUCUUAUCUAUACAAUCUCUUAUCUCUUUUUAUGUUUAAUGAAAGAAAUCAAUAUAGGAAAUGACAUAGGGGUAAACAAUGACAUAAUUUUCAUUUUUGGGUGAACAGCUCUGUAUAUUGAAGAUUCUUCAAGUUUUUGAAGAUUAGCUGGUCCAGUCCAUGAGAUAAGAUCAUGAAAAACCUUUUUGUUUUGCAGGUGUAGGAAAAUUCUGAUGAUGAUUGACUUUUGGUUUAAUCACUUAAUUUGCCGGUUUUCGGUUGGUUGGAGUGUAACCCAACACGCACUGAUUAGAGUUUUACAUGUUUCGUAUAAAGUCUCAUUGAUCAUGGUGAGAUACUUGUGGUGCCUUAUUGGUGUUAGUCUUCCUCACGUUCCACUAAUCACCUGUCAGAUUUCUUAUUAAAACGUAGUACAAGUGAAGCUACAGCUGUUGUUCACAUGAUCACAUCCUCUUUUAUUAUAUGUCAGCAAAAUACACAGGUCCCAUCUGCUGUGCUUUCCACUUUCAAGUUAUUUUGCUGAGCCAUCAGCUGCACUGAUGUUUUAAAUACACUCCUUGUAGCCUCAGAUUGAAAAAAUAUGAUUGAAAAAAUAAAAUUGUUAAUAUAUGGAGGAUUUCAA